AUGCCUUUUCCGGCAACUCCAUCACCAUUCCGCCUCUCCCGUCGUAACCCACCCACGCGCCGCAGUGGCCCUCAAUUCGCGCCUACGCCUCGGUUCUUGCUAUCACAAUGUGUAACACAAAAGGAAGAUGACAAUCUCGAUGUGAUUGAUGACGAUGGGCCAUCUUCAACGCGUAAAGUCGCGCGCAACCCGCCCGUUACCCAGAGUGCUUCCCGCUCGCACCAACAACGGGACGUGAUCGAGGACUCUGAUAGUGCUGCAGAUAUAGGGGAUGUAAGGAUCGGAGGGAGAAAUUUGAACGAUCUACCAGAUGACGCUAUAGACUGCACUCCUCCUGAAGAACCAGGAACCCCUGGCAUCCUGGACGCUGAGUUUGAUGCACUGUUUGCGCCGGUCCGAGAUGGGAAUAAACGACGUCGUGUGGAGGGAGCGACCCUCUUCAGCCAAAGCGAUUUAACUCAGCCUGAUUCAAUAUUGUCAUCACCACCCGUAACUACGAACUCUCCAGCUGAUAUCAUCGAUUUGCCCGAUGAAACCAGGCAAAGCACAACGAUAUGGGAGAUGGGUACACAGAGAACUCCCGCACCCAGUGCACGUCCACUUGCACCAGCCGCAUCAACCCCAAGAAACAUAAAAACACCAUUCCGCAGUCGCCCUCGGUUUAUGCUUUCCUCAGCGGUGAAGCCUCCCAGCAGCCAGUUCGCACCCAAAUUCAAACUAGACACACCGGGCGUAUCGCCGCCCGAGAGACGGAAACCGGCUUUUGUUUUGCCUCGCUCGCCGUCGCCGAACCCGGAUGCAGAGGAUACCCCUGCGCCGUUCUCUCCCUCCUCCUCCUCGCGCACACUGCAUCGUCGUGGUCGAAACCAAGCCGGGAUGUCCAAUUAUAUUCUCGGAGGAAUGGCUGCCGAGGUACGUGGCUGGAUCUUGGAAAUGGGAACGAAACGUGACCAUUUGCCAUAUCCGCCCUUGGUUCAAGCUCCAGACUUGCGGAUGGCGGAUGCCUCACCGGAAAUGCCGAAUGCAUAUCUCCUAACUGCGCGUGUCAUUCAUGUCAGCCAGUCAGCUCUGAGCGGCUGUGGCUCUCUCGCCUUUCUUCAAACAGAAGUUCUUACUGGGAAUCUUGUGCAAGGGAGAAAUCCUCACCCAGACUUGAACAUCAUGAUAAUGGGACCUUCGCGAUCUAAAUCCGCUCUUCGUCCAUCUCACUUGCAUUCUGAUGCCACUACGAUACCCUAUCUGCGGAAAGGAGACUUAGUGGGGAUUCACAGAGGGCUUAAUUGGAGCUUGGAGCUUGAGAAUUCCUUCUACGAACAUCGAAUACCCGGGCAAGUAUCUGGCCAUGAGUUGGAGUGCGGUCCAUCUGAAAACGGCGGACAUCCAAAGACAAAAGAGGGCUGGCUCAUAGCCAUGGAAUGGGACCUCGUUGAAGCAGCUGAAUGA